UGUUACUCACAAGUUCUGAACGUUCAGCAAUAUACAUCACGUUGAACGCUUUAAUUCAGUAUUUAAAAUGUUUUCAGCUGUUAACGUCGGAUAUUUGUUCAACAUUUAGAUCUACAAAAAUCAAGUCAACAAAAUGUUUCUUCCUGUUAUUUUUAAAUUAAAUUCGUCUCAAUUAGUUUAGCUAUAAAAUAUUAAAUAUUUAAGAUGUAUCUUUUUAAUGGUAACAAUUUGUGUUCAAAUAAUCAUCAUGAUCUGGCAAUGAAGAAAAUAUUAACAUUAGCAAUUAUUUUCUUGUCUUUUGCUGUUCCUUUUGCUCAAUCAACUAAUAUGAACUUGAAACACUUUCCAAUGUUGAUGCCUCAAGUUCAACCCAAUACGAAAGACUCGUAUCUAUGUACAGCAUUCCGAAUGCCUCGGUAUAGAACUGAAUACAUAGUUGAAUUCAUUCCAAACGCAACAAUGGAAACAGCUCAUCAUAUUAUCAUUUAUGGCUGCAAAGUCCCAGGAUAUCAUGUACGAGACAGUCCUAGAGCUGUUUGGGAAUGCGGUGAAAUGUCUGGCGUUGUUGGUCCAGAUUCACCUUACCUUCGAGCACCAGUCUGUACAGGAACCUAUUCAAUCAUUUAUGCUUGGGCAAUGGACGCCCCAAGUCUAGUCUUACCAGAUAAAGUAGGUUUCAAAGUGGGUAAAGGCACAGAUAUAGCAUUUCUAGUCCUUCAAGUUCACUAUGCUAAAGUUGAUCGAUUCCUCAAAGGUGACCGUGAUCAAUCAGGAAUCAUACUUUCAAUAACCCCAGACUCAGCCAACAGAGUUAACAAAAGAGCCGGUGUACUUCUAUUAGGAACCCAGGGUUCUAUUCCUGCUAAAUCAAUUGAACACAUGGAAACUUCUUGUAAAAUUAGUCAACCUAUUUUGAUGCAUCCAUUUGCUUUCCGUACACAUACCCAUAAGCUGGGUAAGUUGGUUACAGGAUGGCUUAUUGAAGAUGGAAAGUGGAAGUUACUUGGAAAACGCGAUCCUCAAAAACCUCAGAUGUUUUAUCCCAUAAAUAAUGAAUCUCUGAUAAUAAAAGAAAAUGAUGUUUUAGCAGCUCGGUGUACAAUGGAUAACUAUUUAUCUCAUCCAGUUUCAGUUGGACCAACUGGUGAUGAUGAGAUGUGUAAUUUUUAUAUAAUGUUCUGGGUUGAUGGUGAUGAUGAAUUGGAUGAAAAAUACUGCUUCUCAUCCGGACCUCCCACUUAUUACUGGAAAAAUGAUCCAUUGAUCGGACAAGUUCCCGAUGAUAUCGACAGGGAAGCAAGUAAUUACAUUCAAUAAGAAGCAGAUUUGGUUUACUGUAGCGUUAUGUUUUAAUUUACUCAUGCAUACAAAAGUUGAUCUUUCCUCAUUAUUUUAUCAUUGAAAAAUGGUUAUCCUGAUGUCAGCUUCAAUCUUUUAUUUAAUCCGAUCAGCCAUGUUGCCUGUUUUAAACAAUUAAAUUCAUCAAUAAACUUAACCCUUCAACCAA